GGGGAGGCAGGGACAGCUAGGACGCAAGGAAUCAGGGAACACGGGCCCGGUUUAAUCAAAAGUGGAAGAUCCCUGCAUGGAUCAAAAUGGUGGCUGUGCCCAGCUCUGCAGCAGUGAAGAAGGUCAUACGCGCUGCAGCUGCCAUUUGGGCUACAGUCUGGCUGCCGAUAGUAAAAGCUGCAUGGAUAUUGAUGAGUGCAGCUCAGGACAGGCAAAAUGUAGCCAUCGCUGCAUCAAUACCCUCGGGUCAUUCAAAUGUAUGUGCAGCCCUGGGUUUGAGCUGGGAAUCAACGGGAAGCACUGCUACCGAAUUGAGAUGGAGAUUGUUAACAGCUGUCAGAAGAACAACGGAGGCUGCUCUGAUACCUGCCAACACACUGCUAAGGGACCCAUCUGCUCCUGCAGUCAAGAUUACCAACUAGCUGAUGAUAAUAAAACCUGUGUAGACUUUGAUGAGUGUGAAACUGGCAAAGCCUGUUGCAGUCAUUUCUGCAAGAACUACCCUGGGGGCUAUGAAUGCCACUGCGAGGCCGGCGACAGACUGCAUACUGAUGGGUGUAACUGUGAGGCUCAGCAGAAGAGUGAAUUUGAUGAGAGUGACGAUGAGGAUGCAGAUGUGCGCCAGCUGCCAGGCCUGCUAUUUCGGCAGCUUCCAGAGCUCCUACACUAUGAUGCAGACUCAGCUUAUGAAGCCUAUGAAGAUGAAGAGGAGAGUGGGGAUGACGUCUGGGCGGAGCUCACUCUCAUUAGCAGGACCGUGUGUCUGGAUGGCACUUUUGGGGAUGACUGCAGUCUCAGUUGUGAAAACUGUGAAAAUGGGGCAAUAUGUGCUAAGGAGAACAAUAAAUGCGACUGCCUUCCGGGAUGGACUGGAAUCACCUGUAAUGAGACGUGUCCACAGGGAACUUUUGGACCAGCUUGUCAAAGUAUCUGCCAGUGUCAGAAUGGUGGAUCCUGUGAUCCAGUAACUGGGACGUGCCACUGUCCCCCUGGGGUGGAGGGGGAAUUUUGUGAAGAUGGUUGCCAAAAGGGGUAUUUUGGGAAAAACUGUCAAAGCCGGUGUAACUGCCCCAGGAAUGUGCAUUGUCACCGCUUGUAUGGGACUUGCUUGUGUGCCCCAGGGCUGUAUGGGCGCUUCUGUCAUCUAGCAUGUCCAAGCUGGACAUACGGAGCAGGAUGCUCUAAGGAGUGUGCCUGUGUGCUGGAGACGUCCUCAGGGUGCAGAGCUAACAAUGGCUCAUGUGUGUGCAAGCCAGGCUACCAAGGAACUGCAUGUCAGUCAGAGUGUGACCCUGGCUUUUAUGGAGAUGGCUGCAGAGAGCAGUGUGACUGUCCUGCUGGGGUUAGGUGUGACCACAAGAGUGGCCAGUGUGUCCAGAAUUGUCCAGCGGGAUUUCAUGGGGAGAGGUGUCAACUGGCCUGUCAUGAAGGAACUUAUGGACGACACUGCAAGGAGAGAUGUAAAUGUUCCAACGGGGGGCGCUGUGACACCAUCACAGGCACCUGUGAGUGCCUGCCAGGAUUCCUUGGAGCCAACUGCAGUACUGCUUGUCCACCUGGGCGCUAUGGGCAGGACUGUGGCCUGAUUUGUUUUUGUGGGAAUGGAGAACAGUGCCACCCAGUGACUGGAAAAUGUACUUGUGCUCCAGGCCGGGCAGGACGACAUUGCCAGCAUGCUUGUCCUAGGGGGCGUUAUGGAGCACAGUGCUUGAAUAUGUGUGCAUGUCGGAAUGGUGCUGCCUGUGACCCACAUGAUGGGGCAUGCAGGUGUGGGCUGGGAUGGACUGGGAAUCGCUGUGAGAAAGGUUGCGUCCCUGGGAAAUAUGGGCCCACCUGUGAACUGUACUGCCAGUGCCAAAACGAUGCAGAUUGUGACCGCUUUACCGGGCUCUGCCACUGCAAAGCUGGCUACUAUGGCAACUCCUGUCAACAUAGGUGCCCACCUGGAUUUUUUGGACAAAAUUGCAUCCAGCAAUGCAACUGCACAAACAGUCAAUCAUGUGAUCAUGUGACUGGACAUUGUUUGUGCCAGCCAGGCUUCAUUGGAUCCUACUGUCAGACAAUGUGCAAAGAAGGCACAUUUGGACAGGGUUGUCAACACCACUGCGACUGUGAGGGUAGGGCCCCUUGCCAUCCAGCCACUGGACAGUGUCUCUGUCCUCCUGGGAAGACCGGAAAUCAGUGUGAAAAAGAUUGUGGAGAGGGUCGCUUUGGACCCGACUGCUCUUUGCAGUGCCAGUGUAGCCACCAGGCCCAUUGUCAUUCCUCGACUGGCCACUGCAUGUGCCCUCAUCCCUGGAUAGGGCCCACCUGUACAGAAGAGGAAAAACCCACUCCUGAACCCAUACGUACCCAGAGCUCCAUGCAGUAAAAGACUGUUUGACCCAGACUCUUACGUUUGCAGUUCUGUGCAAUAGCUCAUGGGAUCAACUCUCAGCGCUAAACCAAAUGGAGUUAUGGGGGGGGAUGCAAAAGAAUACGUCUACCCAGAGAACAACACAAUAUGCAAGCUACCGCAAAAAAUAGAUAUAGAUAUGUUACCAUAGGAUUCACAAGACAAUUCACACAUCCAGUCAAAGUGCUCCAAUGGCUGCAACAUUCAUAUACACAUAGUACGAAUGCAGUGUGGAGAUGACCUCUCUUGCCAAGUUUAUGCAUACCAUCCAUGUCCUUGUGUGUAUAAUGCAUUUUGAUAAUGUAAAUUUCCUUUUUUGAUGAAGGCUGUUUCCAUUGAUGCAAAUAACCGAAAUGCUGGAGAAUAGAAUUGAAAUUUCUAAUAUUCUAAAAGUUUUUCUUUUUUUUAUGGAAC